AUGAAUACCUAACUAGCCCAAAUUAUCAAAUACACUCCUGUGAGUGAAUUCAAGGUUAGCUUGAAAAAACUAGUUAAUUUUGAAGAGAAUUAAUUCACAUUUGAACCUAUGGAUCUAGACAGCGUAUUUAUGUGUGAAUUAUUGAAUGAAUACGAAAAGAAGGAUGAUGAAAAUUUAAAGGCUUGGGUUAAGACUGAAAAAUACUUAUUAUCUAAAAAUGAGAUUGAUGUUGAGCAUUUCUUUGAAAGAUAAUAUUUAAUGUUAAUGAAAGAGCUAGAUAAAGAAGUCUACUUUCAAUUAAACGAAUAAUUAUUCAAAUUCAGAGUCAGACUAAACGGAGAAUUUUCUAUUAUUUUUCGAUUAAAAUAGUUCGAAGCCUUUGAGCAAUUAUUGAAAAAACAAAUUCAGCAUUUAUCCCCUAGAAUGACAAUAUCUUUAAGGAAACAAAUUCAAAAUCGGAAAACUCUCUCAAAUCGACCUUCUAGUUUGGGUAAGAUGUUUCUAAGGGCAUUUAGUAAAAAUAAUAUUGAAAUUGAAUCUCAAUAAUAAUAAGAACCACUAUUUACUUUUAAGAAUAUAAAUGGUUUAGAUUGUUAUCAGUUGAAUGAAUUUGAUUAAUUUUCUAAGCAAGAACAACACAUUAUUUUGAAUGUGUCCUCCUCCCAUAAUAAAUUAGUUGAUGAUUCAGAUGAAGAUGGAGAAAUCGAAGAAUUUUAACUAGACACAAUUAAAAUCAAGUAAAAUGAAAUUAAGAAUCAUAAAAUCAUGUAAAGAUAGCAAUAUCUAGAAUACAUAUAUGGAAAUACGAAAAAAUUAGAAUCAGUCAUCAUGUCGUCUAUUCCUUUUAACACAAUUUAAGAAAUCGAAAGUGAAAAUAUGAUAAGCAUAACCACUUUACAAAGACCAUUAUUAAAUAGUUAGUCGGCUGAAUCAGUUUUAAUUUAUGGUAACAAAUUACCAAAUAAGAACUUUAUUCCUAAAGAAAGAGAUUUGUGGAAGAUUGCUAAGCAAUUACUUAAAUAAAAAUUCAAGCUUUUUUCAAGCGAGCAUCUUCUAAAAGCUCAAACUCCAUUAAGAAUACAUAAGAAUGCACAAAUGAAGAAAAAUCUAAUGAAAAUCUAUAAUAAUGAUAUUUGUUGA